AACGUUGAUUUGUUAGAUGAUAAUGCUAGGGGACAAGGUAUACUACUUUCACGCCUAAAGUCAUAUUAUAAUAGUUUUUAUUUAGAUGAGCAUUCUACCGAAGAAGCUCGAAUCAUUAAAACUAGGUGUUACAUUAUGUUGUUACUAGGAUCCUUUUUAUUUCCCGAAGGUAGUGGUUCUAGCAUGCAUAUUAUGUACUUACCUUUACUUAGACAUAUAGAUAGAAUAGGUAGUUAUAGUUGGGGAUCCGCAUGUCUAGCCUAUCUCUAUAGUUCUUUGUGCAAAAACUGCCACAAAGAUACUUCUACAUUUUCUGGAUGUGCUGUUUUGCUACAAGCAUGGGGAUGGUCAAGACUACCGUCUCUUGCACCGGUCAAUAGCAACCCCUUCACUUUUCCAUAUGCAAAAAAGUAAGUUGUUUAAAUUGCUAUAUCUUUACUUCCUUCCUUACAGUUUAUUACCCAUAACUAAUUUAUUUUAACUUUUUGGUGUAGAUGGUCGGCACGCGGUAUGAAUUACAGCAGAUGUCCGAGACACUGUAUUACUCAAUAUCGCAACCUGUUGGAUCACCUUCGACCGGCAGACUUCAUCUGGCGUCCAUACCUUAAUAUGGAUCAUGAGCAUCAGAUCAACCCUGAAGACGCAGCCGUAUGGACAACAUGCACACCAAUAAUACGGUUCACAACAGUGGAGCUGCACAACACCGAUCGUGUGAAGCUGCAGUUUGGUAUGGUCCAGAAUAUCCCAGAUCCCCCAGCUAGCUUAGGAGAAUGGCAUAUGCGUAAAGUGAACGACCAAUGGAACUUCAACCCUUGGCAACAAUUCGCAAGAACCGAGUGUCGCAAGUGGAAGCACCGUCAUGACCAUGUCUUAACUGACGCAGUCAUGCCAAAUGAGGUAAAACCAAGUCGUACUUAUAUGGCUUGGUAUAGAUCAGUUGGAUUUCAAUUCAUCGCCGAUGAUAUGUACCUCUACGACCCACGCCAGACAACUUACACACAAGAAGCCUCAACAUCUAACCCCCAACAACAUUCUCAGCCCAAUUACUCACAACCACCUAUCCGACAAGCUUUCCGUUCCACAAACACACAAACAUACAACCAAAACAUGCCAUUCACCCAACCCCAAAACCAAGAACAUCCCCCAUACCACCACCAACAAAUGGACCAUCAACCUUCGACCGAACAUCGCUUCGCACCCACACCAUCACCCUACCAAAGUCGCCUUACCCAAAACACUAACCGCCCCAUCACCUACCGUAGCCAAGAACCCCAAACAUCACAAUACCAAAACAUCCCACAACCAUAUCUCUUCCAAACACCCCAACAACCUUUCCAACCUUUCCUAGACCCAUCAUUGUCACCCAUGUCCCCCUUCAACCGUCCUGGUCGCCCAUCCAUGAGUCAACCACACCCCAACUUCUCUGGCAUGGGUCAUGAGCUCAGCUACGCCGGUACACCAUCAUUGAAUACUGAAGACUAUGCUGAGUUGGCUGAAUACCUCAACGGAUCUUCUCCUGUAGGCGGUAAUGACGCUCCUGGACCAUCAGAUGAACAAACACCGGUUCAGAAUCGUCAACGUGGGUUAGGGCCAAGGGUUAGGAUAGCUAGGGGAUGUGGGACCGGAGGUCGGUUAGGUGAUCCCGGUCAUCACCAUUAGGAUUCAUUGUGUAAAAUCCAAAUUUUAUUAAUAUCAAUUCGUAUUAUGUCAAA